AUGUACAAUAAACGUAAACGAGAGAGGAAGGAUGAUAAUAAUAAACCAGUUAAAACUGAGGAUGUAAGUGAUGAAAGCUUAAGCGAAUUUGAAACGUCUGAAGAAUUCAUUCCCUCAAAAAGACCAAAAUUGCACACUGGUGCCGAUAUCUUUCAGCAGCAAUGGAUAGAUAAGUAUAAUCCUACAAGAUCCGAAGAUAUAUGCAUAAAUCCACGAAAAUUAAAGGAAGUUAAGGAAGCAUUAUCCAAUAUGAUAUCCGGGGUGGAUCGUACCAAAUUGCUUAUACUUACAGGACCAUCAGGAAGCUCUAAAUCGACCACAGUAAAAGUACUCGCAAAUGAGAUAAUUUCUCGUUCAACAACAGGUAGUAACUUUGAGUCAUAUAUGACAAGGCAAGAAAGUAUACCACAUGAUAAUUGCAUUGAGUAUAUUGAUACAAUAGUUAGUGAUACACCGCAAUCCAAACAAUUUAGCGAAUUCUUGAAAGAUGCAAGAUAUAGAACGGGGCCAAAUUUAUCCAUAAUACUUAUAGAAGAUCUACCAAAUAUAUUCCAUACAGACACAUUGUCGAAGUUUCGAAGUGAUCUAAAUGAAUGGGUUAAUACAGAUUACCAAUUACCACCGUUAGUACUAUGUCUUACCGAAAUAGAAUUGACAUACGAACAAAGAAAUCAAGAUUAUUUUAAUAUUGAAAAUAACCUAACUGUAGACACUUUAUUAGGUAGGGAGUUUUUAAGUCAACAUGGUAAGGUCAAGCAAAUUAAAUUCAAUUCUAUUGCAGCUUCAUUUAUGAAGAAGUCAAUAAAUAAAAUAAUAAACCAGGAGAAAACCGUAUUUAAAGGUAUUGCGAGAAAUAGUAUUAAUGACUUCUUAAGUCACAUAAUUGAAAGUGGAGAUAUAAGAUCGGCGAUAUCUAAUUUACAAUUCUGGUCUGGGUUAUCUAAGACAGGGCGGGGGGAGAUUUUCAACUCUUUACGAGAAAACCAACUAAACUUAUUUCACGCCAUAGGAAAAGUGAUAUAUUCAAGUUCUAAAUUUCGAGAUUUAGAUGAAGAAGAAUCGGAUUAUUUAUCUAUAAAGACCGUAUUAGAUAAUUAUGGAAAUAAUUCACUAUUAAACUUGUCUAUAUUGGAAAAUUAUCAUAUAUACAACGAUCUGAAUUAUGAGUUAGAUAUUGCAAGCGAAAUCACCGAUAAUUUAAGUAUAAGUGACAUUUUGAAUAACUUCGACGAAGGUAAGGAAACAGGUAUACGAUGCACUCGAAAUCAAUUACGGAAGGUCAGGGGGCGCCAAUCCCAACGAAUGAAUGUAAAGUUUCCCCGGCACUUUAAAAUGAUAAAGGAGUACAACAAAACAAAGCGAGAGAUUAAUAUUUAUCGAAGUGUAAUCAAUGAAUGCCGAAAUUCAUUUAAUGAUUUGAAUUUAAUCGAUGGUUAUUAUUUGCCGCUCAUUUAUAACAAGCAACGACAUAAUAAAUUGAAAUAUGGAAGACUCGGUGGACUGUUCAAACAAAUCAUAUCUGAUGGAGACUUGCCUGUAUUGGAAGAAGAUACAGCCAGUCUGCAUUCAAGGGACCAAUUCCAAGUCGAUAUUGAAGAUAAAAAUAAAACAGCACAAGAAGAUGAAGAAAUAAUGAGCGAUCCUGUGGAAACGGACAUCGACUCUGAUGACGAGAUAUUUAACGACUCCAUAGACGAAAUCCAAAUUCACAGAUUGGUAACGCAAUCCAGAAGCCAAACACUCAAAUUGGAAUCCGAUGAUGAAUUCCUGUCCGAUCCAGAGCUAGACCAACUCAUCCUGUCCAAAAACUACUAG